UUGCCCUUGGCUCAAGCAACUUCCCUACCAGUAGCAUGUCAUUGUCUAGUCUAUGUAUGGCGUCGGAAGUUUUCCUAUACUCAUUGAUUUUUUGUUUCCUGGUGCGUGGGCUGCGAUGAAUCCGUAUUGUUGCAGCACGAAAGUUCCUUUCACGUUGGGCGGCAUGGCACAUGGGCGCUUCCCCGGGAGAAGACAAAUCGAGAUAUUGCCAAUGUCAGUGGCUUCGAACUCACCUGGGGAAGGCUUGGAAACCAGGACGUGCUGUUGAUUUUUCAUGAAUUUUCUCAGUGCCAUUCCUGUUUUUGGACAAGAUGGCAACUACAUUGCCUUGCUGCACAACAUGGGGGACGGAUUGCAGCUGAGGUAUUUGCAGACAGGUGAGCUAUCUUUGUUUUGCUCUGGACCAGGCGGUUCCCAUCGAACUAAAGUUCGAGGUCUUGGAAAUGAAGCAAAUGCGGCAUACAAACCCCAUAUAACCCCAUGUUGUUUUCUUAUGUGAUUAGCCGGAAGAAGACAAACAUUUCGAGAGGUUUAAGGUUUUUCUUGAAGACGGCCACGGAAAGCAUCUUGGGGAUCAUCGUGGCUGAACAAAAGAAUGGGUUGCUACAACAGUACCACACAGCGGCUUGCCUGAGAGAUGCGUGGCCGGACGAUAAGAUUGGUUUGCGACAGCUGCCGCAAUGGAUGGAAUUUCACCUUCGAGAUGGCAUUGAACAUUUCCUCUUUUACACGGUAAAUCUUGAUUCAGACAUCCUCGUCGACUUGUACGAACCCUACAUCAAAAGUGGUGUCGCGACACGGGUUCAUUUCAACAAAGAGCGUGUAGGUACAAGUCUUAGCAGUUUUGCUCUCGACGUUCGUGCCGCCAUUCUGGGAGAUUGUUUGUACAGGUUCAAGAACCACGCGACUUGGAUUUUGCCAUCCAUCGACAUCGAUGAAUAUAUCAACAUGAAGGAUGGAAGUGUAUUUGAAGGUGGUAAAGUGCCUGAGGAUUAUUUGGGUUUGAGCUGGGACGCAAUUGUGAAAAAGCAGGGGCCCCAACCCAACACAGUUCGCUCAAUGGAGUUCAACAUCUUUCGUUUUGCGCUAGUUCAACCAGGACAGCUGGAAAUUUCGUCCGUUCUCCGCGAGCCGCGAGUCCAACCGCUCUGUCCCAAGUUCGUGGUGAACCCGGAAUUGGUGCGACACGAUCUUCGUGCGGUGCACGUCCUGGAAGAAUGGCACGCAGAACUUGGGCCGCUCCGACACCUUGGUCGCUCAUCACUUCCGACUCCCUCAUGACUAUGCAAUAGCAUGCAAUAGCGGGAUAUAUCGAAACAUAUCGAAACCAAUGCCACGGAUACCUCGAUUCAACAGCACGUUCCCGCAUUAUCAACGUCCCUCGCAGCCCGUUUUCAUGAGGAAACAACGCAUUUCUUGAGGCGCCUGAGUUCAGUGGAAGCAGUGCCGAUGAAACCAUCCAUCCUCUAUGACUCUAUGAUGUGGAUAGUCCGGACACAGAAGAGGAGUUGCAAGUCGCCCAGGAUCCUACUACAGCGGCCUGGAUAAGAUCCCUCAACAAUUUGAAAGGGAUUGUCAUCGUUGAUCCACCAUCUGAGCAUGCGUUACAUUAGAGAUUUUGCAGUGAUGAUGUGCUUUUCAAUACUGACCGUGCAAAAUUUAGCUGCGGCUGCGAUCUUCAAAAAGCAGGCAUGAUUUCAAAUCUUGGCUGACGGUCACCCACUUCCUCUAAACUGAGCCAUCUCUUCUCCAGAUUUGGCAGGAUAGCAUGGCCAAAAGUUUUGUACAUCAACCUGCCUUUGGAAGGCCUCAAAGUCAAUUGACCGCCCUAAUUUAUUUUUGAUAGUUAUAGUUUUUGCGUGGCAUCCUUCUAGGUAGAUGUCUAAAUCCGCAAACAUCCAUCUGAAUGUUUGCGUCCAGGACGAUAUCCUGUUGGCUGUAAAUAUUUAUCUUGAAAGAUGCCAUGGGGACGCGAUAUUGAAGACUUUAGUCUCCUUAAAACUGAGGCACAGGAUGC